ACCGACGUUCAUUUCUUGAAUAACAACACAAAUUGCAGUUGGGCAAGUGUAUCAUACCAUGUCCGGCCCCUCCUCCAGCCCGCAUGUGAUGCAAUCCGGUGCUACAUCUGGUGUGAACAUCAAAUUACAUCCUCUAGCUAUUCUCAACAUUUCGGACGUCUAUACUCGGGCUCAAUGCACCUCUACAGGAUCUGAAGUGCCUAAAUUGAUCGGCGCGCUUCUCGGCACUGAGAGUAACCGCGAGAUUGCUAUCGUCAACUCGUUUGAGCUUAUCUACCAUCCCUCUGUGAUGAGCGGUGAGGAUGUAGACAUGAGUGAUAGCGGGUCCUCGGGCGGCAAAUACGUGCUCAACACUGACUUCCUCGAAACGCGAAAGGAUCAAUUCAAGCAGGUAUUUCCUACACUCGAUGUCAUUGGGUGGUAUUCUGUCGGCAAGGAGCCUUCAUCAGAUGACAUUUCUCUCCAUGCCCAAUUCGCUUCGUCGGUUGAAACACCCAUUUUCCUCUUAUUCGACCCCGACCCUGCUUCGGGCACUCAGGCUCUACCCUUGAAGAUAUAUGAAUCUGCCACUGUCACAGACACCACAGGGGAAAUCUCCGGGGAAGGAAAGUUUGUAGAGCUGGAAUAUGGCAUCGAGACUGGCGAAGCGGAAAGAAUUGCUGUAGAUGGCGUUGCCAAAGGCGGAGCGGGAGAGGAGGAUACUGCGGUUGCUCAUCUCACAACCCAGAGAAACGCUAUCAAGAUGCUGUAUGACAGGAUAGAGAUUUUGUUGAAAUACGUCACCGGUGUAGUUAACAAAUCAGCCAAGCCUGAUUACUCAAUUCUCCGCCGAAUUUCAUCUCUCGUCGCAACUCUUCCCACUAUGGAUGCUGGCGAAUUCCGAGAAGAACUUAUAACUGAAUACAGCGAUGUCCAGAUUAGUUCAUAUUUGACAACCCUGACCAAGCAGCUCAACGUCCUUAGCGAGUACGCUGAAAAACACUCCCUUGUUUACGGUCAGAAGGAGGAUGAGUUCAUGGGAGGCCCAAGUAUGGGAUUGAGAGGUGGUCGACAGAUGAAUUUCGACAUGGGGGGAGGGAGAAGGCGGAGGUAAUGAAGAAAAGAGUAGUUGCUAGCUUUAACGAAGAUUGGGUAGAUUGUAUGGAAUAUGUACUAUAGAUGAUGUAAAUGCUAAAGACAUGCAUGAGUCAUUACCAA